AUGGCCUGCACCGAGAAUGACAACCCUGAUACUCGGGGUACAUGUGUCAAUGUAGGCUGCGUGCCAAAGAAGGCAAAACGCAAGGCCUACGUUAAGCGUCUGAGCAAUGUGUACAAGAAGAAUCUGGGAGCCGCACCUGGGAUCACAUUGGACGGAUUCUUCGAGCUCGACAAGCAGCCUGGGAAGGUUGCUGUUAUUGCAGGCUACAUUGCCGUGGAGAUGGUGGGCAUGCUUCAUGCUCUCAGGACUGAGACUCAUCUAUUCAUCCGCCAUGACCAAAUUUUUCGCACCUUCGAUCCAAUGAUCCAGAAUGGUGGAACGGCUGAGUGCCAGCGGCAACGCAGUAAAACUGGCCUUCCCCGCACCGGGGUUACCGCAACUGCUCUUGGCUACGGCGUUCAAAUUAUGGUCGGGUCUGAAUAUGGCACUCGCUACAAAUCUCUUGUUUAUGUUGCUAGCUCCGCGUCCGCUAAGUUGAUCGCCGAUGUUGGACUCUUUGCGUUCGAAACAGUGAAGGUCGGCCUACAGACUGCAGCUUCACCCGGGAACGAGGGUGAUGUGAGGUACUUUGGAAAGACUAUCAUCACGGAGUGUAUCUCAAGUUACCGAGGCAUCUACCCAUUACCUAUGGGCUCGCCAGAUACCGGAUACGGCCAUGAAGUUUUCAUCCUUCUAAAGCAUUGUUCAAAUGAUACUGCGAUUGCCUUUGCUGAAGGAUAUCUUUCAGGUAUUCUCGGCGCAGUCGUCUCCCAUCCAGCAGAUGCAACACUGUCAAAAUUGACCGCCCAUCAUGAGCAAGCAAUGUCCGCUGCUAGUUAG